CCGCUAUUUUGAAUGCGGUAAUUAUGAAUUUGUUUGACAGUACAAACAUUAAGAAAGUGGUUAUCAAUAUUACGUCUCUGAAUGGUAUUCAAGCAAACAAGGCCUGUGGUUAUUAUUGCUCGGCAAAGGCAGCACGAGAAAUGUACUUUAAGGUCUUUGCUUUGGAAAAUCCUGAUGUUGAUGUAUUAAGUUAUGCACCGGGACACGUCGAUACAGAUAUGUUACAAACAGUGUGCAAAACGAUCACCAAUCCCGAAACUAACAAAAUAAUACAACACUUGCAUGAAACCAAUACUGUAUUGACAACAGAACAGACAGUUAAUCGUCUUGUGGAGAUCUUAAAAGAACAUAAAUACAACGCGGGCGAUCAUGUGGAUUAUCACGACAAGUAAAGCAGCGGCGAUGGGUAUAGCCACUUGUUGCCUUACUUGUUCCAGUUUGCAUUUAUUUCGCGCACAAUCAUCGAUUCUAAAUAAGUGAGA